CCGCGGCGGGCACGGCAGCAGCGCAGCCCCUUCCCAGCCCAGCGCCCCGGCGCCAAAGGGACCGCGGCCACCGCGGCCACCCCGCGCCGCCCCGGCCAUGAGGUCGGCCCGGAGAGACGCCACCUGUGCGGGGAGGUGAGCGGAUCCCGGCGCCUUCCUCCUACCCCCGGGCAGCCACAGCGGCGGGGAAGCGCAGGGGGUGGAGGAAGGAAAAGGGAGAUUUUUUGUUUUAUUAUAUAUCGAUCUAUUUUUGCCGCGGUCGAUCCCGAUCCCGCUGCCGAAGCCCCCGGAGGGAGAAGUGCUGCGCGCUGUGAUGCGUCUUCCUCUCGCCUCGGCUGCCAGUUUGGAUUGUAGCGCCCGGCUCCGUGCACUGCGAGGAUGGCUCGGUUUGGGGAUGAUCUGCCGACCCGCUAUGGAGGUGGAGGGCCGGCCGGGGCUGGAAGAGGGAGCAGCCGGCAAGGUGGCCCCCAAGCCGCCCAAAGGAUGUAUAAACAGACGAUGGCUCAGAGAGCCAGGACUAUGGCUCUCUACAACCCCAUCCCUGUCAAACAGAACUGCUUCACAGUCAACAGAUCCCUCUUCAUCUUCAGUGAAGAUAAUGUUAUACGGAAAUACGCCAAGCGAAUAACAGAGUGGCCUCCAUUUGAAUAUAUGAUAUUAGCUACAAUCAUAGCCAAUUGUAUUGUGCUGGCUCUGGAACAACAUUUGCCGGAUGGAGACAAGACACCGAUGUCAGAAAGAUUGGAUGACACUGAGCCGUACUUUAUUGGAAUAUUUUGUUUUGAAGCUGGUAUCAAAAUCAUCGCUCUGGGCUUUGUUUUCCACAAAGGCUCUUACCUGCGCAACGGCUGGAACGUGAUGGAUUUUGUCGUGGUCCUCACAGGGAUUCUGGCGACCGCUGGGACUGACUUUGACCUGCGGACGCUGCGUGCCGUGCGGGUGCUGCGGCCCCUGAAACUCGUCUCGGGGAUCCCAAGCCUGCAGGUUGUCCUCAAGUCCAUCAUGAAGGCCAUGGUGCCCUUGCUGCAGAUUGGGCUGCUCCUCUUCUUCGCCAUUGUGAUGUUUGCCAUCAUCGGGCUGGAGUUUUACAUGGGCAAGUUCCAUAAAACCUGCUUUUCCAACGAGACAGGUGAGGAGGUGGGGGAUUUUCCCUGUGGAGAGGAGCCUCCUGCCAGGCAGUGUGAGAGCGGGACCACGUGCAGGGAGUACUGGCAGGGCCCCAACUAUGGCAUCACCAACUUUGACAACAUCCUCUUCGCCGUGCUCACCGUCUUCCAGUGCAUCACCAUGGAGGGCUGGACCGACAUCCUCUACAACACAAACGACGCUGCAGGGAAUACCUGGAAUUGGCUUUACUUCAUCCCUCUCAUCAUCAUUGGCUCUUUCUUCAUGCUCAACUUGGUGCUGGGCGUCUUAUCAGGCGAAUUUGCCAAGGAGCGAGAGCGGGUGGAGAACCGCCGCGCGUUCCUGAAGCUCCGCCGGCAGCAGCAAAUUGAGCGGGAGCUCAACGGGUACCUGGAGUGGAUCUUCAAAGCAGAGGAGGUGAUGCUGGCCGAGGAGGACAAGAACGCGGAAGAGAAGUCCCCUCUGGACGUGUUGAAAAGAGCCGCAAUAAAGAAGAGCAAAAAUGACCUGAUUCAUGCAGAAGAAGGUGAGGACCAUUUCACAGACAUUUGCUCCGUUGGGUCUCCCUUUGCCCGCGCCAGUUUGAAGAGUGGGAAGAACGAGAGCUCGUCCUACUUCAGGAGGAAAGAGAAGAUGUUCCGCUUCUUCAUCCGCCGCAUGGUGAAGGCUCAGAGCUUCUACUGGGUCGUGCUCUGCGUGGUGGCCCUCAACACCCUCUGUGUGGCCAUGGUGCACUAUGACCAGCCCGAGAAGCUGACCACUGCUCUCUAUUUCGCAGAGUUCGUUUUCCUGGGGCUGUUCCUCACUGAGAUGUCUUUGAAGAUGUAUGGGCUGGGGCCAAGGAAUUACUUCCACUCUUCAUUCAACUGCUUUGACUUUGGGGUGAUCGUGGGCAGUAUUUUUGAGGUCAUCUGGGCUGCGGUGAAGCCGGGCACCUCCUUUGGCAUCAGCGUCCUGCGAGCCCUGCGGCUGCUGAGGAUCUUCAAAGUCACCAAGUACUGGAAUUCCCUGAGGAAUCUGGUGGUCUCCUUGCUGAACUCCAUGAAAUCCAUCAUCAGCUUGCUUUUCCUGCUGUUCCUCUUCAUCGUGGUCUUUGCUCUGCUGGGGAUGCAGCUCUUCGGAGGGCAGUUCAAUUUCCAAGAUGAAACUCCAACCACGAAUUUUGAUACCUUCCCUGCUGCCAUCCUCACAGUGUUCCAGAUCCUGACGGGGGAGGACUGGAAUGCUGUGAUGUACCACGGGAUAGAGUCGCAGGGCGGCGUCCACUCGGGAAUGUUCUCCUCCAUCUACUUCAUCGUCCUCACCCUCUUUGGUAACUAUACUCUCCUGAACGUCUUCUUGGCCAUCGCUGUGGACAACCUGGCCAACGCCCAGGAGCUGACCAAGGACGAGGAGGAGAUGGAGGAAGCCACCAACCAGAAGCUGGCCCUGCAGAAGGCCAAGGAGGUGGCCGAAGUGAGCCCCAUGUCGGCGGCCAACAUCUCCAUAGCAGCCAAGCAGCAGAAUUCCUCCAAAUCCAAGUCGGUUUGGGAGCAGAGGACGAGCCAGAUCCGGAUGCACAACUUCCGAGCCAGCUGCGAGGCGCUGUACAACGAGCUGGACCCCGAGGAGCGGGUCCGCUACGCCACCACCCUGCACAUCCGACCCGACAUGAAAACCCACCUGGACCGGCCGCUGGUCGUGGAGCCCCGCGGCGAAGGCAGGAACAACAUCACCAAGCUGAGCCCCGCGGAUGUCCAGGAGGUGGUGGAGCACCCCAAACCCACCUCCGCCGAUGGGGCAGAAGCGCCACGGAAGCACCACAGGCAUCGGGAGAAGGAGAAGCUGGGCGAGCAGGAGAAGGGAGACGUGACCAAGGAGGAGAGCGGCGAAGCCGGGGCCGGCAACAAGGAGGAGCGGCACCGACAGCACCGGAGCCGCAGCAAGGAGGUGGAAGGGGGUAGCAAGGAAGGGAAAAGCGACCGCAACAGGGGGCAGGAAGGGGGGAAGAGGCACCACCGGCGGGGCUCGGUGGAGGAAGGGGCCGAGAAGGAGCACCGCAGGCACCGCAGCCACCGGCACUCGUCCGACCGGCCGGCCAAGGAGGGCAACGGCACCGCCAACGGUGCCCGCGGCGAGCGGCGCUCCCGGCACCGCGGCGGGUCCCGCUCCGGGAACAGGGACGGAGAGCCCGGCGCCAAGGGCGACAGCGGAGAGGAGCCCCACCGGCGGCACCGGCUCAGGAACAGGGCCCUGGCCACCUACGAGUCCGUGGAGAAGGACGGCGGGGAGAAGGAGGGGGAGGCUGGCGAGAAGGAGCGCCGGAAUCACCAGCCCAAGGAGAAUCAGUGUGAGCUGGAGGCCAGUGGCAGUGGCAGUGGCCCUGGGGGUGUCCCUGUGCACACCCUGCCCAGCACUUACCUGCAGAAGGUGCCUGAGCAGCCCGAGGAUGCCGACAACCAGAAGAACGUGACCAGGAUGAUCCAGCCCCCCCUGGACAAAACCACCACUGUGAACAUCCCUGUCACCAUCACUGCCCCUCCAGGGGAGACCACUGUCAUUCCAAUGAACAACGUGGAGUUUGAGAGCAAGCCAGAGGAGAAGAAAGACGUCGAUGACUUGACGAAGAAUGGGCCUAAACCAAUCCUGCCUUACAGUUCCAUGUUCAUCCUCAGCCCCACAAAUCCGAUCCGGCGCCUGUUCCACUACAUCGUCAACCUGCGCUACUUCGAGAUGGUGAUCCUGAUCGUCAUCGCCCUCAGCAGCAUCGCCCUGGCUGCAGAGGACCCUGUCCAAGCUGAGUCUCCCAGGAACGAUGCUCUGAAAUACCUGGAUUAUAUAUUUACAGGAGUCUUCACCUUUGAGAUGGUGAUUAAGAUGAUUGAUUUGGGGCUGCUGCUCCACCCUGGCUCCUACUUCCGUGACCUGUGGAACAUCCUGGACUUCAUUGUGGUCAGUGGGGCCUUGGUGGCUUUUGCCUUCUCAGGAACCAAAGGCAAGGACAUCAACACCAUCAAGUCCCUGCGAGUCCUGCGCGUGCUCAGGCCUCUGAAGACCAUUAAACGUCUGCCAAAACUAAAGGCUGUCUUUGACUGCGUGGUGAACUCCCUGAAGAAUGUCCUCAAUAUCCUCAUUGUUUACAUGCUCUUCAUGUUCAUCUUCGCUGUCAUCGCUGUGCAGCUCUUCAAGGGCCGCUUCUUCUACUGCACAGACGAGUCCAAGGAGCUGGAGAAGGACUGCAGGGGUCAGUACCUCGAUUAUGAAAAAAAUGAGGUGGAGGCACAGCCCAGGGAAUGGAAAAAAUAUGAGUUCCACUAUGACAACGUGCUCUGGGCUCUGCUCACGCUCUUCACUGUGUCCACAGGGGAAGGGUGGCCAACUGUGCUGAAGCACUCGGUGGAUGCCACCUACGAGGAACAGGGGCCCAGCCCUGGCUACCGGAUGGAAAUGUCCAUCUUUUACGUGGUCUAUUUUGUUGUCUUCCCUUUUUUCUUUGUCAACAUCUUUGUGGCGUUAAUCAUCAUCACCUUCCAGGAGCAAGGAGAUAAAGUGAUGUCAGAGUGCAGCCUUGAGAAAAACGAGAGGGCCUGCAUAGACUUUGCCAUAAGUGCCAAGCCCUUGACCCGCUACAUGCCUCAGAACAAGCAAUCCUUCCAGUACAAGAUGUGGAAAUUCGUGGUGUCCCCUCCCUUUGAGUAUUUUAUCAUGGUCAUGAUUGCUCUCAACACCAUCGUCCUCAUGAUGAAGUUCUAUGAUGCUCCAGAAGCAUAUGAAGAAAUGCUGAAAUGCCUGAAUAUUGUGUUUACAUCCAUGUUUUCCAUGGAAUGUGUGCUGAAGAUCAUUGCCUUUGGUGUGCUGAAUUAUUUCCGAGAUGCCUGGAAUGUCUUUGAUUUUGUAACAGUGUUGGGAAGUAUUACUGAUAUUUUAGUAACAGAGAUUGCGGACACGGACAACUUCAUCAACCUCAGCUUCCUGCGGCUCUUCAGGGCAGCCAGGCUCAUCAAGCUCCUCCGCCAGGGCUACACCAUCCGCAUCCUGCUCUGGACAUUCGUGCAGUCCUUCAAGGCCUUGCCUUAUGUGUGUCUCCUCAUUGCAAUGCUCUUCUUCAUCUAUGCCAUUAUUGGCAUGCAGGUAUUUGGGAACAUUGCCUUAGAUGAUGAAACCUCCAUUAAUCGGCACAACAACUUCCGCACUUUCCUCCAAGCCCUGAUGCUCCUGUUCAGGAGCGCUACAGGGGAAGCCUGGCAUGAGAUCAUGUUGUCCUGCUUGAGCAACAGAGCCUGUGACCCCCUCUCUGGCCUCACCAAAAAGGAAUGUGGCAGUGAUUUUGCCUAUUUCUACUUCGUGUCAUUCAUUUUCCUCUGCUCCUUCCUGGUAAGUCAGCCUGAUCCCACAAAGGGGGGGUGCUGGUGUGGAUCCCCCAAACCCUUCCCUCCCCACCCCUAUGCCAGGCAGCAGAGAUCUCUGUUUUCUUGUCUGCUUUCCCUUCUCUCUCUCUCUCCUCCUUUUCAUUUGCUCCAUUGUGUUGCCCUUCCCCCCCACCCCUUCCCCAUGUUCCCCGCCUCAAUCCGAUGGGAUUUCUGUGUCCUGGUGCUUUUGCCUCAUCCCUGUGGUCCCAGCGGGCGCAUCAGUUACACAGACAUGUAUGAGAUGCUGAGACACAUGUCCCCACCUCUAGGCCUUGGGAAGAAAUGCCCAGCUCGUGUUGCCUAUAAGCGCCUGGUGAGGAUGAACAUGCCCAUCUCCCCCGAGGAUUUAACUGUGCACUUCACCUCCACGCUGAUGGCCCUGAUCCGCACAGCCCUGGAGAUCAAACUGGCCUCAGGUGGUGUGAAGCAGCACCAGUGUGAUGCUGAGCUGAGGAAGGAGAUCUCGCUGGUCUGGCCCAACCUGUCGCAGAAGACUCUGGAUUUGCUGGUGCCUCCUCACAAACCUGAUGAAAUGACUGUGGGGAAGGUCUAUGCAGCCCUGAUGAUAUUUGACUUCUACAAGCAGAACAAGAACAGCAGGGAGCAAGUCCAGCCCCCCGGGGGCCUGUGCCAGCCCGGGCCAGUGUCCCUCUUCCACCCCUUGAAGGCCACCCUGGAGCAGACCCAGCCCGCAGCCUUCAGCAACGCCAAGGCCUUCCUGCGCCAGAAGAGCUCGGCCUCCCUCAACAACGGGGGAGCCUUGCCACCCCCAGAGGGAGGGAUCAAAGAGUCCAGUUCUUGGGGGACCCAGCGCACCCAGGACGUGUUUUAUGAAACCAGGAGCCCAGCUUUUGAGCGAGGCCACUCCGAGGAGAUCCCCAUUGAGAGGGUGGUAGAAAUGAAGGAGAUCAGCCCCACAGUUGCCAACGGGGAGCCCCAGCCAGGCCUGGAGAGCCAGGGCAGGGCGGCCUCCAUGCCACGCCUGGCUGCUGAAACCCAGCCCAUCCCGGACACGAGCCCCAUGAAGCGCUCGGUCUCCACGCUGGCCCCGCAGCGCCCUCACGCCAUGCACCUCUACGAGUAUUCCCUGGAGCGGAUGCCUCCGGAGCAGGGCCACCACCACCACCACCACCGCUGCCACCGGCGGAAAGAGAAGAAGCAGAAGUCCGUGGAUAGGGCCGCCCAUCACUUGGCCGAUGGACAAGCUGUAGCCCAGUCUGGAGAGUCUUCUUCCAAGGACAAGAAGCAGGAGCGUGGCCGCUCCCAGGAGAGGAAGCAGCACUCCUCCUCCUCCUCCGAAAAGCAGCGCUUCUACUCCUGCGACCGCUACGGCAGCCGGGACCGUGCCCAGCCCAAAUCUGCUGACCAGAGCAGGCCCACCUCCCCCAACGGGGGCCCAGAGCACGGCCCACACAGACAGGGCAGUGGUUCAGUUAAUGGGAGCCCCUUGCUGUCGACAUCUGGUGCUAGUACCCCCUGCCGGGGUCGGAGGCAGCUCCCACAGACUCCACUGACCCCACGCCCCAGCAUCACUUACAAGACCGCUAACUCCUCGCCCGUGCACUUCACCACUUUCCAAACCCCCACGUUCUCCCCGGGCCGCCUGAGCCGCGGGCUGUCCGAGCACAACGCGCUGCUGCGGGGGGAGCAGCAGCCGCCCCCGCCCGCCGUGGCCCGCAUCGGCUCCGACCCCUACCUGGGCCACCGCGCCGCCGCCAGCCCGCAGCGCGCCGCGCCCGAGGACACGCUCACCUUCGAGGAGGCCGUGGCCACCAACUCGGGCCGCUCCUCAAGGACUUCCUACGUCUCCUCGCUGACCUCGCAGUCGCACCAAAUCCGCCGGGUGCCCAACGGGUACCACUACACGCUGGGGCUCAACACGGGCCCCGGCGCCCGAGGACGCAGUUACUACCACGAAGCCGAUGAGGAUGACUGGUGCUAGCGGCUCGGCGGAACCCUGCGAGACAGAUGGAGGAAGAAGGCUCCCUCCUUCUGGGGAAGGCAGCGGGGGGAGCACAUCCCUCUCUGCCCCCUCCCCACUGCCUUGUCUAGUCCUGAGACACGCACCAGGUGCCAACCCGGCCAUGGAGGCGAGGAGCCGGGAGAAGAGAGAUCCUCACCUUCCACGGUGGAAAAGCAGAACUGUGGGUCCUUCUCAUGAUUGGCACAGUUUUGUUGGGCUAUUUCUUAACUAAUUUUCCAUCAUAAUUCCCCCCUUCUCAGGGUGGGAGCCGGGGGCCGCAAAGGGACUCGCGCAAACAACGCUCGCCCCCCGCGUUUUGUCUCGUUGAGUGCCGAGAAGGAAGAGAUGCACCCGAGAAACUGGGAGAGGAGAAACACAGCCCAGAACAAAGGACAGUCCUUUGGGACUUGAUGUUCAGCCACUGCAAUCCUUUAGGGCAGAGCUGGUGCCACCCUGAGGUGACCCUGCUGUGACACCACUGCCCCGGGGGUCUCUAAUGUCACUCACCACAUCGGGUCCUUCACACUGACACACGGUAAAGCCACAAGAGAGCUCCUUUGUAAGGACUGUUUCCUUGCUGCUGAGACUUUUCAAUCCAUCCCUCUCUCCUGUUGACUGCAACACACCCUCACUGUUUUGUCUUGUUUACAAUAUAAGC